AUGGUCACAAUCGAUCGAGCAUCGGGCGUGAGUAAAGCGAGUGGUGACUGUAACGGGGGAGCCGCGUUGAGGAGGCAGCAGCUCGCUGCCAGGUGGUUGGAGCUCUGCGCGGUCGCCGCUGGCGCGGGGAAGGAUUUUGCGCCCGGUGAACGCGCGCAAGCGCAGGCGCAAGCUAAGCGGGAGGCGACCGCUGGUUUGAAGGGAGCGUGGGACGCGGAAAAGAACGAUGCGCUUUUCGAGGUCCUGUCGCGGAUGCUGCUGGCGCUACGGAUGGACGAAAUCCUGGCGAAUGUGGUAACCGGAACUGUUGACGAGGAGGAAGAAGCAGCUGCGAACGCUGGGGCAAGCGGCAAACGAGCGGAAGACGAAUUGGUGAAGCGGUGGCGCAGGCGCGCGAGUGACGGGACGGGAACGCGCGGAGCGCUGGUGCUGGCUGUGAAGUUGAGCGGAACAGACGCGAGCCGCUGGGUUCUGCGGAUGGCGGGCGGCGCGGAUGCGCACGUGCGACGCGUGGCUGCUGGAGUCAUCGAUCGGAUUUUGUGGGACGUCGAAACGGGCCGAGUGCAGAACGAGCUUGAGAAAGAAUGCGCCCGGCUGGACUCGAACCCGCGACCUGGUGGAAUCAGCGGGCCUAGAAGCCUCCCCGAAAUUUCUUCAAUCUUGUCGCUUCCUGACCCGCUUUCCAGCUGUUUGCCGAGAUCUCCUCUUUCUUUGUCCUCUAGCGAGAGCGACAGCAGCGGAAGCGACGGGGAAGAUCAAGGGAAAGGCGGAAGGGUGGGUGGGAAAAAACCAAGUUCCAUUCCCGUUAGUAGCUCGGACGUGCUUAUAUCGAGAGUCGCUGGUGCUUUGAUUGCGUCUCUUGGUGCUGCUGCUGCGCUUCCUGUCGGCACGAAUGCUACAACAGGCGCCAGGGGCGGAAGCAAUGCUUCCGGGCCCGAAAUUACCUCAGGCGGAGGACUCUCCCCCGAAUCCAGGAGUCUGUCGCUGCCAACUGGAGUCGACCCAAAGCAACUGCUUCCCACUUCAUCGUCCACGUCAUCACCGGAAUCAUCCACGUCAGCCGGGUCCACUGCUUCUUCCGGCAGUAAUGCCGCCCAUGCGCAAGGGGGCAGCACUGCGGAAGGGGAGGACGGGGGGAGGAGCGGGAGCAACAGCAGCCGCGCGAGCAGCACCGAGAGCACCGCCGCGAGCAAACCCAAGGAUGGCACAGGAUCCGCGCGGAAGAGCGUAGAGGGGGGAUUCGGAGUGGGGAGCACUGUGCUGGGACUGACGUCACCGCGUGCACCGGCGGUAAUAUCUGCGCAAGUCCAGCAGCAGCAGAGAGGAGCGGGCGACGCGAACAAAGCGGUUCCUGCUUCUUCUCGGCUCUACAGCUCGGUUCCUUGCUCCCCCGCCCACCACGCGGGGGGAGUCGUGGGGGGAGGUUCGAGAGGAGCGGCGCGCGGAGCGCGGUCAGGCAGAGGGGUUCUGGACGCCGAAGCGGCAGCGGCUCGGCUGCAAGCGAUCGCUGCUGCAGCUGCCGAAGCUGGCUCGGACUCACGUUCGGAAAGGGCCCUUUCUCGCCCCUCCCCUUCACGUUCCACUUUCUCCUCCUCCCCAGCCCAUGCCUCCUCCACGAAUUCACCUGCCCGGGCGGCCUUUUCUUCCUCGCCUGCCCGGGGUGCCUUCCCUUCCACUUCUAUUGCCAGAAGCGCCUCCUCAGGCACUGCGCCGCCUGCUGCUUCUGCUGCAGUGGCCCUCAGGAGUGUGAUGAAGGGAUCGAUCACAAACCCUCACAGCAGAGGGACAGUGCUGCGCAGGAGUGCAAGUGAGAGCGGCAGCAGUCGAGGUGAUGGUGUUGGUGACAGCGGGGAGAUGGCUAUUGGGAACAAGAGUGGGGGAGGAGAGGGUGAUGACCAGACAGAAAAUUCAGGUUCUGGUUCAUCCACCACACUACCCUCGGGCGCCGAAGACAGUGAGGAGGAUGAUGAUGACGAGGAUGAUUUUGACGAGGAUGUGGAAGCGGAUAUGCAGCUCUCGGGUCUUGCUGCUAAGAGUGAGUCACCCUGCCAUCCCCGUUACAAUGUUGCAUGGAUAAUUUAUAGAGAGGAUGAGGAUGAUUUUGACGAGGACGUGGAGGCAGAUAUGCAGCUCUCUGGCCUUGCUGCUAAAAUGGAGAAACAGGCCAAGUACAUGCGUAUGAAGCUUGGGGGAGUGAAGGAGGAUGAAGAGGAUGAGGAGGAGGAGGAUGAGGAUGAGGAGGAGGGAGAGGGGGCGCUCUGGGGGCAGAAGAAGCGGGAGUACUACAGUGCGGAUAAUGUGGAUUAUGAGUUGCAUAUGGACGGCGAGACAGGGGCGCAGGAGGAGGAGGAGGAGGCACUUCGGCUGCAGCAGCAGAUCGCAGCUGGGUUGAGGGUGGAGGAUUAUGAGGAGGAGGGAGAGGAGGAGGGAGAAGAGGAGGGGGAGGAGGAGGAAGGAGAGGAGGAGGAAGGGGAGGAGGGAGAGGAGACAAUGUUUGAGAAAGUGGAGAAGGGUGAAGCCAAGGAGGGGAAGAAGAAGGCAGGGAAGGAGGGGCGGAAGGAGGGUGAUAAGGGGAGUGACAAGGCCUUGGAGAGGAAGGGGAGGGGAGCAGCUGUGGUAGAACGGGUGGUGAAGGAUGCGAGCCUGCUGACCAAGGAGGAGCAGAUGGCGGCGCUGAUGAGCGAUGCCCCAGAGCUGGUGGGUCUGCUGUCAGACCUCAAGACAACUCUUAAGGAGCUCAACACCAAAGUGCUGCCGCUGCUGCAGCAGGUGCGGGAGGGGGAGUACGCGACAGAGAACGGAGUGUCCUACCUGGAGGCGAAGCACGGGCUGCUGCUGCACUACUGCUGCUGUCUGCUCUUCUUCCUGCUGCUCAGGGCGGAGGGCAAGCCCGUGAGGGACCACCCCGUGGUGUCUCGUCUAGUGGAGCUCAGACUGUUCCUGGAGAAGAUCCGCCCGAUUGACAAGAAGCUGCAGUACCAAAUUGAGAAGCUUCUCAAGCUGGCCUCCUCAGCCAAUCGCGGCGCGACACCUGGCAAGCAGUCCGCAGCAGCAGCAGAGGCCGGGGCGGGAGGGUCACUAGACGACCUGAAACACCGCCCCAACCCAAACCUCCUAGUUUCAAAACUUGGGGGAAGUGGCGGCGAUGGGGGAGAGGGUGGGAGUGAUGCUGCUGGUCUGGAUGGUGCUGCUGCUGGUGGUGGUACUGGGGUGUAUAAGCCGCCUAAGAUUGCUCCGAUGGCUAUGGAUGGGGAGAAGGAGGGGGGGAAGAAGGGCGGGGAGGUGGGGGCGCGGCGGGAGGAGAGGGAGAUGCGGGAGGCGAGGAGGCGCGCUGCUAGGAGCGCGUUUGUGAAGGAGCUUGCAGAAGAUGUGGAGGGGCGGCCGCGAGAGAUGCGAGUGGAGGGUGCCUCAACAAUGAUGGUGGAGGGUAAGGAGAUGGAGAGGGAGGUGGAGCGGCUGAGGGAGAGGGCUGCAGCGGAGGAGAGGAUGUUUUCCCGCGUGCCCCUCAACCGCGGGGAGAAGCAGCGCCUCAAGGCACUCAAGCGGAGCCAGAACAUGCUGGCCGGUAUGCUGGAUGACUUUGACGACGAUAUCGCUGGCAUCAUGGCGGCAGGGGAGGAGGGGGGCGCACAGGGUGGCCUCACAGCAGCAGCCGGAGCAGCCGGAGCAGCCGGAGCAGCUGGAGCAGCUGGAGCAGGAACAGGAGGAAUAGGCGGGUUGACGAGUGCUGGGAUGCUGGAGUCUCUGCUUCGGCCGCGCAAGCUGUCAGAGGCGAUUCACGAGGCGGGCAAGAUGACUUCGCUCAGGGGCGCACAGGGCAAGGUGAUAUCCGGAGAUGCUGAUCUCCCCUUGAAACCCGACCUGGGUGAGCGCCGCCGAGCCUACGAGGCAGGCGUGGUGGCGAAGCAGGUUCGGAAGCGAGGCUCGGAGGACCUAGGGUUCGACCAAGGAGACGAGGAUGGGGGGGAGGGAGAGGGAGGAGAGGGAGGGGAGGAGGACGAGUUUUACGCUGAGGCUCGGAAGAUGCAGGAGGCUCGGCGGUCCGCCAAGGCUGCCAAAUACUCCUCCUCUGGCCUCAUUCCUGAAGCCGAACCUUCAGUGGACGAGGAUGGGCGCCGGCAAAUCACCAACCAGAUUGAGAGGAAUCGCGGCCUGACAGCGCACCGCAACAAGGCAGUCAAGAACCCGCGCAAGAAGUACAAGUUAGAGUCAAACAUAUUGACACGGCGGGACUGGAUCAUUCGGUUGUCAAAAUCUGGUGACGUCAUUGGUCGAGGCACCAGCUCCUGGGUGAUGAUGAAUUCCAACACACGUCGUUUGGCUCGAAUUCCGUCUGACGUGUGGGAGGAGAUUAUUGUUCACUGCCCUAAUCCUUCCCUGUAUGCUCUUCCCCCAGACGCAGUGGACAAGUUGCCGAAGCUCAAAGAGCCGGCUGACCAUUCAAAAUCAAGUCUCUGUGUGAGUGCUGUUGCUGUGGUUGCUAUCAUUGCCAGAAGAAGUGACCUGGACAUGAAUCAGCAUGUCAACAAUGUGACUUACAUUGCAUGGAUGCUCGAAAGUUUGCCCCAGGAUCUUGUCGACAGCUCGGAGCUGGCUCAAAUAAGCAUUGAGUACCGGCGAGAAUGCAGUCAGAAUGAUAUGGUGGAGACAUUGGCCAGUCACACAGUGCCAGCUGCCAAACCAGAGGCCAUCAAACAGUGCACCACCACCGAUGGUGUCCUUUUGUCAAAGGAGUCGGGGGAGGCGAAAGGCGUCUGCUUGUUAACAUUGGUGGAGAGAGAGAGCCCUGAAGAGCUUCAGCACUUCUCGCACAUCCUACGGCUUCAGGACAGCAAGAAAGAGAUCAACAAGGGUCACACAGUCUGGCGCAAGAGGAGAUAA